CAACCCUCGCCUAGGUGCUCUUUCCAGGCGCUCUUCUCCACACCUUGGCUUCGUCCCCCAACUGAGAGAAAUACUACAGGCUAAUCAACAGACGAACUCAGUCUAAGGGUAGUGGCAAUGCUUCUCGGCAUGGCUGCAAUGCCGAUGAUUUGUAUACUGGAGGCUCGGCAUGUAGUAUCAUAACCAACUCAGGAAGCUCCACUGUACAUUUGGCCCCAACGCCAACAUCGUUGUCCAUGGGCAAUGCGGUAUCCUCUUGAACAUCUCGCUCCGAGGUAAAGCUCAUUGCAUUUGAGUUGGAGCACAUGUGUGCAAGGCAGAAUCUUCACUCGUAGCGCGGGCAUCUCGAGUAUAAAACCGGGCACCCAUCCCUCCCUAAACACAAAUAUUACCAACACAAUCAACCAACCUUGUCAAAUACUCAUCCUCCCGAGAAACUAUAUCCACCUCCAAGAUGCAGUUCAAAAGCCUCGUUCUCUCCGUUUUCGUCGCUACCGCGUCAGCCGGCUAUGUCCAAUUGUGCGGCCCCCAGGGAACAUGCACCGACACCGGCGAUGCCAACGACAACACCUGUAUCGGCCCCAUCAACGGCAAUGGAAAGUUCACCUUCCAGGCUCACGACACCAGCUCUAAGAUGAUGUCCAUCUUCACGGAUAAGGGAUGCUGGAACAACAAUGUUGCUACUUGUGAUGAUUGCACCAGUGUUACCUACAAUGGAAAGGGUCCUGUCUGGGCUAUUUUCCAUUAGACUGUUUUUGCCAUGGGGCUUACAAGUGGGACUAUGUGGAAGGGUUGAAUGAUCAUAGGAUGUGAUUCAUAUUGUGGUGUGGAUAUUGUACUAGUCCGAAUAUUACUAUCAUGCCUUUCGCACUAACUCAUACCUCUGUUGGAUCUUUAUUGACAAGCCUCCGUACGGACCGUGAUAUAGUUCGGGAGUAGCUAGAGCGUGUCUGUCAAGAGCGAUGAAAUUAUAUGGAGCUAGCUAUCCGAAUCAUUCCCGCCUGGGAUGGAAUGUUAUAAUAGAAUUUACAUGUUUUUUGGAAAUUGGACCAAGCAAAA